CCUGGGCAAGGUUACCUAGAAGGUACGGCGAACAUAGGUUUAUAGUAGCACUCGUGCACGUUUGAGAAAACCUUAUCCUCAUUAUCUAUCUUAUUAUUUGUACUGGACGGAUCCGCACAACUGUUAACGAACAGUAUGCCACUCCUCUCCCCCAUUUCGCAAUGCAUCUCUUCCCUCGCCCGGCUAAAUCACAAGUGGGGAAGCCGCAAAGUUUCGAGGAAAAAUGAGGGAUGGGAAAAACCUCUGUCGAGUCGUUUGUUGGAUGUCUUUCUGCGGACAUGGGAUCUAGGGUUUACAGCCUUCGGAGGACCACCAGUACACUUCCAGAUUCUACAUAGCAGGUUCGUGGAGGGACAGGGCGACAAGGAAAAAUGGGUAGAUGAGCAGACUUACCAGGAACUCUUUGCUAUUUGUCAGGGCCUUCCGGGUCCCGGUAGCACGAAGAUGCUUUUUUGCCUAGUUCUUUUACAUGCAGGAUUUAUUCCUGCCACGCUUGCAUUUUUCCUUUGGAGUCUCCCUGGCGCAAUUGGCAUGUAUGCCCUUUCACUUGGGGUGCAAAACAUGAGCGAAACGCUUCCCAAACCUGUCUACUCCUUACUUUCUGGUCUUAACGCCUCCACGGUAGGUAUUGUUGCACUUGCAGCUGUACAAUUGGCCGAAAAAGCUAUUCGCGAUAAACUAUCCCGCAUCCUUGUGAUCUUUGGCGCAUGUGCUGGUCUCUGUUACAAUGCACUCUGGUAUUUUCCCGUGCUGAUGAUUAUUGGUGGCUUCCUCACAAGCAUCUGGGAUGGAUGGUUGUAUCAACAAGUUCUGAGAGUAAGGAUCGUGUGGAAGAACAGACAUGCUCGUCCACAAGAACCGGAUGAGGCAAAUGGGGACCCUAUAGCCAUGGAUGAUAUAACCCUGGAGGAGAAUAGAGUGCAAAGAAGCGAGACGAUGCGACCACGAAAGACAGAUUCUAGAAUCGAAGGACUACCACAAAGUGUAGUUGAUACUACAAGACCAACGCAGUCCGCUGAAGCUCAUUCACAGCAGCACAUUAUUCGGAUUCGGGUCGGAGCUUUGGUCAUGGGUGUCUUUUUUGCUUCCUUCAUUGGAGUUCUUCUUGCGAGAGCCCAACUCACCACACCCCCAUUGGUCCUCGACCUCUUUGCCAAUAUGUACCUUGCUGGCACUGUUAUAUUUGGUGGAGGUCCUGUUGUCAUUCCCCUUUUACGCACCUACGUCGUCGAUCCCGGGUGGGUCUCUAGCAGAGACUUCCUGAUCGGCCUUGCCAUCAUUCAAGCUUUCCCCGGUCCCAAUUUCAACUUCGCUGUCUUCCUGGGGGCGCUAGCACUGCAGAACUCGCGCUUCCCAACUGUCUUCGGUGCGUUUCUCGGCGGGUUAGGAAUCUUCCUUCCGGGAAUCACGCUGGCCGUUGCAAUCCAAAGCUUCUGGCGCGUAUUGCGGAAGAAGAAGUAUGUGGUCGACUUUCUCAGAGGGGUGAAUGCUACUGCAGUUGGGCUGGUGUUUACAGCAGUAUACCGGUUGUGGGAGAUUGGAUACCUAACUCAUGAAAGAAGCAACGGACAGAGUCUGGGUAAGGAACCGUGGUGGGUAGUUGUUGCGACGGUAACAUAUGCAGGGAGUGCAUGGUUCAAUGUGCCUCCGCCUGUGGCAAUUGGUUAUGCUGGUUUGGAGCUGUGGGGCGAUAGCAUAUUCUGGCAACGUUGUUCUCUCUCGAGUCUCACCCCCACCGUCAAGGCGCUAGCUCGAGCAUUGGGCACAUUUAAAUACCUGGCAGUUAGAGGACAGCAACCGCUCCACAUGGGCUCUGGUGUGGUCCUGUUUGUCGACAAUAUUCGCCUGUACCUGGACAGUCCUACACCCGAAUCUCCCUCGCCGAAACUCGCCCACCAGUACGUGUUCGUAACCGCUUCACUGAUGCGUUACCGAGCAAUGCUAUUGAAGAAGGUGUGCAAUGAAGCACAGAAAACCCGAUAUCUUGAAUCAGUGGACCCGGAUGCUUGGCUGUCCAAACGGGCUAGGCCACUAGAGCAAGCGCAAAACCAAGGCUCUGUUGAUCCCCAUCCAUUUCGCACCGAGUGGACGCUUCGAAAAUGUUUCUGUAUUCUUGCUGGUGGACUUGCCAUCCAGACCCAGGACGGGUGGAUCUAUGUCCUCCGACGAAACGACAUGAAACCGUUCAUUGAGGCCGGCAUAGUCGAAGAUAUAGACUUUCACGAUCGUGAUGUUGAAGACCGUGCCAAAGCAGAUUCUUUAGGCAAAACCUUCACUGUCCUUCAAACUAGCUGGUUCCUAGUCAACAUAAUAGCAAGAUGGGCAAAUUCUCUGCCGGUUUCACCAAUCGAACUAGCGACAGUCGCUUAUAUUGCCUGCGGUAUACUGUUGUAUGCCAUGUGGUGGUACAACCCUAAGGAUAUGACCACACCUAUCACGAUUUAUGUCCGAUUUGAUCGUAACGAUAUACCGACCCAUCUUCUCGAUCACACGGCAACAAAUCCCCAUGGGUGGGUUCACCGUUAUGCACAAAUUAAGAAAGAGACCGUGUUCUCUGUCUUUGCGCAGGCUGCUCGAUGGUUUAUUGGCGCAGCCACGGGACCUGUUGAUACAACAGACGACCCCUAUACUGGUCUCUAUAAACCAUCCCAUGGAUUGAUUGUGACCGCUAUCAAUACCUUUGUUGCUUUCCUUUACUGUGGUAUUCAUCUCGCCGGAUGGACUUUCCCGUUCCCCACUGAAGCUGAACGAAUUACUUGGCUUGUCUCAUCGCUUGCUUGUGUCGCCCUCGUUGGUAUUUACAGCCUAGCCUUCAAUGCUCGAAAAGGCUUUUGGUAUCGGAUAAUUCUGCUCGUCGAGCUAUCAUGCUUCGCCAUAUACGUGAUUCUACGUCUGAUCAUCAUGGCCCUAGCUUUUACUUCAUUGAGAGCUCUUCCGGUCGGCUCCUAUACGACUGUUGAAUGGGUGAUGAGCAUUCCGCAUGUUUAA